GUUCUUGUUACUUGGGGACUGGAGCAGUCACUUUUGACUUGACUCUAUAGAUCUACUAUAGUAGUGCAGGCACAGUCGUUCGGCUAAAGUGAAACAACUAGGCAUUGGUGUAAUGUUUUCAACACAUGACGCCUAGCACAUGGUUGCUUCUGGCUUGUACAGUUUCAUGCGGGUUUGAUUUUGAUUGAGUGAAGCUUACGACCAUGGCCGUAGAAGUUGGAGCAGAAUUUGAUACGUAUGAUGACUUGACCAGCGCUGUUCAGGCUUAUGAAGCAGAGAAUUUUGUGAACUUGAUUAUCCGGGACACAAGGAAAGUGGAGGCUGCUGCCAAAAGAAAUCAACGGAAGAAGUAUAACCCAGCCAUAAAGUACAGUGACAUUUCUUACUGCUGCACGUAUGGUGGAAAGAAAUAUGUAUCCCAUUCCACUGGAAAAAGAAGCCACAAAACAAUCAAGCAAGCUUGCCCUUUUUCUCUCAAAGUACGAGCCACGGUGGACGGUCAGAGACUGUUUGUCCGUGAGAUGUGCCCGUCUCACAAUCAUGAGCUCUCAGAGGUGGAGUUCCGCCUACACCCCAAACAGAGGAAGUUGGACCAGGGUUCCCAGGAGGAGAUCGCCACACUCCUCAGCUUGGAGCCCGACAAGAAACUUCUGCGGGAGAAACUCAUGCAGGUCACCGGGAAAGUCAUUCUCAUGAAGGACAUUCACAAUAUCAAAACCAGGCUGGUGAAUCCCAAACUGAAGCCCAUGUCUGGGCUUGCAAAUGACAAUGACGAUGAUUCCACUGAGAAUAAUGACCUUGACAUCGAUAGCAGUGGUGACUCUGUCGGGGAGCUCGGCCCGUUAAACAUUAUAGGAAUUUCGGAAGGUCAGGAGGAGCAGCCGAUAGAAAUCCACAUUCCAAUUUCCAACGUGUCCUCGUUGUCUCCGUCCCAUCUUGGCCACCCGCAGCAUGCCAUCAUAAUGCAACAAGCUAAACCUCAAGGACAAGCAGUACAACCACCGCCACAGUUACAGAUAGCUCCGCACUUGAAGGUCCAGGCAGUCCCCGUCACCGGCACUUCACAUGGUCAGCCGCAACACCAGCAACACCUUCAUCAACAACUGCAUCAACAACAACAACAACAACAUCUACAACAUCAGCAGCAGCAACAGCAACAACCACAACAUCACCAUCAACAACAACAUCCACAACAACAGCAUCAGCAACAACAACAACAGCACCAGUACAUGGUCAGCCAGGCCAGCUACCAACCACCCACUGUUUAUGCAGUGACGGGCCAACAGUUCCAGCCCAGCCCCGCGUUUUGCCUCCACACCCAGCACUACCAACAGCCCACCACACUUCCGGCAGCCGUGGCGGUCACGUCUCCCAGCAUGCACCACACUCUCCCUUCGGUGAAUGCCCACCACGACAUGCGCACCUCCCAGCCACCCUUCCCGCCAUGGCCGGGCGUUGACGAAGUUACGACCAGAAACCUUGCCCGUGACCCCAACGACCCCCACGACCUCUCCUCGUAUCAACAAGCUGUCACCACGCCAGCCUUUGCUGCCUUACCUCAAACUACCGACCUUCAGAGACAUAUACACCUGCAACAACAACAACAACAACAGCAGCAGCAGCAGCACCAGAACAUACCCUUAACAGAUUCUGAGUCUGCUGCUGUGACUAAUAUCGUUACCACAACAAAUAUAGAGCAGCAUCAUCAAACACCACAACAACAACAACAACAACAACAACAUCAGCAGCAGCAGCAACAACAAAAGAAUCCCCAACUUCGGCCCCCACCGCCACCACAACCCAUGCAUCAACACGCGGCACAGCUAAAAAGAAGGAGAAAACAGCGGCCUGUGCCGAACAGCUGUGUCACGAGGAAGAGGAAAACGGCAAUACAGUCGGAUAAAGACAGCAUCAUGAAAAAAUAUUUCCAGCAGGCCACCGUCAAACUUUUCUUCAACGAGCGGCUCAGAUCUCCCGGAAGCAAAUUUCUGAGGCCUUUAAAAUCAAGCGUUAUAUCAGCCAACAUGUCGGGUGAAGAUUUGAAGUUCCACGACCUGCUGAAACCUUUAGCAUGGCUUUUUGGAACAUGGAAGGCGGAGACAGGAAAGGGGCAGUACCCAACCAUCUCUGAAUUCACAUACACAGAGGAAGCCGAAUUCCAACCCAUUCCAAAGAAACCAAUUGUAGAAUACAAGUUUUACUCGUACAAGACAGAUGGUAGCAUGCCUCUUCACCGAGAGACGGGAUUCAUCCGGGUCAAGCCGCAGACAAACCACAUCGCUUUUGUCUCUGCUCAUAAUUUAGGUGUUGUGGAGAUCCAAGAGGGCGACGUGCAAGGUCAAGCAUUGACCGUGGAGACCGCUGACCUUGGCCGGACUUCCUUCAACAAACCUCCAGAAGUGAAAAAGACCAAGCGGACGUUGAAGCGGCUGGGUGAUGAGCUGGAACAUGUGAUGUUUAUGGAGACUGAGAACACUUCCAUGACGGAACACUUGAGGGUGCUGUUCAAGAAAGUGGAAUAGUUCGCACAGCGUUGCUGCUUUGUUUCAUUACAAUCAAGUUUAUCAGUUAUCUUUACAACAGAGCUUAUUACUAACCUUUACAUUUUUCUCAGUUGUUUUAUUUUUUUUAUUCAGGAGCAAAAAAAUAAUUAAUGACACAUUGAUGAAAGGUCCACAUGUCAACUGCUCCCCACAUUACUUUUCACAAUGACGUAUGGUGGAGUGAGUGAUGCCUUAGUCAGCCAAUUUACUAGUUAAAGCUUUUCAGAAAGGAGGGGCUUAUUUUGUACAACUUGUUCAGCCCACACAUAGAGCUCUAACAAAACAAUGUGUUGUUCUUUAUUCGCUUUGCUAGAUCUGAGACUGCAAGCAGGUGGACUGUCACAUUGCUGCUCCUUCUACUACUUUUGUCACAAUCACUCUUUAACUCCUGCUUCUGUCACACUUUAGCUCCUUCUACUUCUAGACAAAGUUUUCAAUUUUAACUCACUGGGCCCUUGCCAGUACGGAACAGCGGUGGUCGCUCCAUCCGGGCCAUUUUCUCACUUUUAAAAAAAAGUUCUCCGGAAUGUAAAUAUUAAGCUACGGGCUUAAUAUAUGGCUUAGGCAAUGAUGCAUUUUUCCUCUUUAUUGCACUUUUAUUUUUACCAAGUUAUCUGAAAAACUUUUUUUCCACUAAUUUUUUUAAUACCUCACUAUUUUUUAUUUUGGAAAACAUUUCUUCUCACUUAAUGUGACAGAAAAUGACGCCAAAAAUUAUUAUGACACAAAAAUAUAAGGACUUGAUCAUAGCUGUAUUUUUAAAUUACUAUGAUGCUGUCUUGCAAAGUUCUAAAAAAAUCCCUAUUUAUAAAAGCAAAGUGAAAACAUGUAGACUAUGUCACCGGAGAGAAAGUAGCUUUACUUCUCUAUACUUCUAGUACUUCAGUAUAUUUCUGAACUCUGUAUUUCCACUUAGGAAAAUGAUUCGUCUAAAGCUUCGUACAAAAAUUAUAUUGCAUUAUUGGAAUGAGAUUUUCAUUUUGAAAAGAAAAGACAAAAUCCCGAUCUCGUCUUUGUUCAGGACCUGGGCUCAGUGAGUUAAUCGGUGUUGCCUUUUUCCUUCAGUUCUAGAAAGUUCUUUUUAUUAUCUACACCAUUAACCAGAUGUUGUAAAAAAUUUUGUUGCUUCUGUCUCAGUUUGUUUACUUUUUUAUUUGAGGAACGCUCAUCUCUGAAACUUCACCUGUUGAAGUAUUGAACAUAAGGUCAGGACAUCUAAGGUCUUGUGUUGUUUUCUUUCUCUUAGAUAAGACUUUUGAGAUUCUGGAUUAUGCACCAAUUUUGUCCAAUAUUUGAAGUAGGUGCGCAGUAAACCAUGGCCACCCAAUUGGGUAUGGUACCCUAUUAUUAUUGUCAAGAUAUGAAUGGUAGGGGGAAUAGAUUUAGGCUAAAACAGCACCUGGACAUGGAUGGCUGGUGCCUGUAUAAAUAAAUCAUUGAUGGUCAAGGGGGAACAGAUGUGGUGCACAUUGCACACACCCUACUCUCCCAGGAGUUCAGGAAAACAAUAAAACGUACCAAGUUACUGAUGAAUUUGAGCUGUCCGUAUUAUGCUGUAUUUUCCUAGCAAGCUCUUUCUACAUCGAUUGGGGUUGUUUUUAUUUGAAGACUUGGGGCGUACGACAGACAGUAUGACUGUAUGACCGUAUGACCUCAUGACAAGCUCCGAUGUUUGUUUUUCCUGUUGUUACUCUGGUUGCCAUAUUCUCGUGUGAGGACAAUCGUAUUUUGACAGAGCCUCCCCACAGGGCUAUCAUGUGGGAUUUAUCCAAAGUCAGGGCUGCCAAUCAUUACGAAGUUGGCGGAAUUGUUACGAUUUUUAUUCAGUUUUACGAAAAUAUGAUCCUAAUACCCGGUACCCCUUAUUCAGAUUUUUUCCAACUUUUGGCUACCUCAGCCCACUGCCAACCUUCACGGUGUAAAAGUGAAGAAAAACUACCAGAGCCGGACGGUCACAAUGUCCGAAUGUCACGUGCAGAUGGAACUUGAACACCCCCUCUACACUGAGCCCUUGUAGUUGUCGCUCAGUGCUACUUUCCUGACAGAAACAUGUGUCAAAGCCAUUUUACAUAUAUUUUGAAGCCAGAUGCCUAAAUUUAUAUGUUGAUUACUCAAACCUAUGCUGGUGGGUGGGCAGCCCUACAAAGUACGUUUUGUGUCGGCUGUGCAUGAGACCAACCUUGACUUGUGAUAGAAAGAAUGUCAGACAGCUCAAAACUUCAGUCUAGCACUCGCACACAGCAAAUGUGUAAACAGUGAAACAUCAACGUAAAAAGGUCUUCAGGUCCAGAUAUUUUAAAUUAUAUUCUUGGUAUUUAAAACAUGUAGACAUUGAACAAUUUGUACAUGAUAACGAGAACUUUUCCAGCCAACUGCAGAUUUCGCUAUGUAUGUGCAUGCUAUGCUGUAGUUUUGUUUUCUGAACUUUAAAAAUUCCAACUAUGACUUAGAUGUUUUCCCCUGACUCCACAUCAUCACUGUACAUCGUAAAGCUUGUGACUGCAAAUGGAAAAAAACUUUGCAGUAGAAAGCUUUGUUCCUUUCCUUUUUUUUACUGGUUGCACGAUAUUUUAACCAACAUGUUUCAGAGUAAACCACCAAUGGUACUAGUAGUGCUGUUAGUACUGUGGUUACAGGGCUAAAACAGCACCUGUACAAGGAUGGCUGCCUCAAAAAUAAUUCAUUGAUGGACCAAAAUACUGGUGUACUCACGGUGUAUGGGACAUACAGCGACACUCUGGUAUGAUGACAGUGGGAUUAGUCUCCCUAAUUAUUGCUUUGUUGGACGUUAAGUUGGUAGCAGCACCACUCUCUUUCAGUUACACAAUGUUCAUUGAAUUCAUUGUUUGAACUGUGGGUUGUCAUAGUAAUGUUUGUCUGCUGUGACCCAUGGGACUGUGUCACUGUUAUAUAUGUGUACUGUGUUACUGUUAUAUAUAUGUGUACUGUGUUACUGUUAUAUAUGUGUGUACUGUGUUACUGUUAUAUAUGUGUACUGUGUUACUGUUAUAUAUAUAUGUGUUCUGUUUUGAAAUGUCCUGACGGCAGUAGUCUGUUACGAACAAAGGUUGGUGAUUAAAGGCUCUCGUGCUUUCGGUCACAUAGCCAACAUGUAUAUUAUAUCAGCUGAUUUUAUGCAUAAUAAUUAAAUAA